CGUACAGAGGGACCAUUCUUUCCCCUCGCAGUCAUCCUCUUCCUCUGUGAGCCCUGACCUACCCAAGCAAGCUCCAAUCCGACCCGAUGCGGCGCUAGAAUAUCUCCUCUACUCCACCACCGCUGUGCCCUAGAGCUGCCGCUGCGCCGUAGCUUGCGUCCCCGCCGACGCCCGCACCCGCAGCCCCCUCCGCCUCUCGCGCGCGCCGCCGCCAUCUCCGUUCCCGCGGCACCUCAUCGCGUCGCUGCUGUCUCACCCCACUCCGCAAUCUUGGCCAGCCCUGAGCUCUUUGCCACCCAGUGAUUAGAUAAACCCCACUGAUCUCCACAAAUUCUGGGCGUGCCGCACAAAUUGGGUGUGCUGGUGCACACCCGGCGCACCAUCUAGAUCCGCCGCUACCAUGGCUGUCUAUUACAAGUUCAAGAGCGCCAGGGACUAUGACUCGAUCCCGAUCGAGGGCCAAUUCAUCUCGGUUAUGAACCUCAAGGAUAUGAUUUUCGAGUCCAAGCACCUCGGCAGAGGCACUGAUUUCGACCUCAUGAUCUCCAAUGCGCAGACCGAUGAAGAGUAUGCUGAUGAAUCUACCAUGAUUCCAAAGAACACAUCGGUUUUGAUUCGCCGGAUACCGGGACGCCCAAGGAUGCCGAUCGUCACCGAACCAGAAAAGGCAAUGCCUGCAGAAAAUAGGGUAGAAGAAGUCAUGCCUUCUGGUAGCGCUUUUCUUGGUGAUUCCUCGAUGAAAUAUCCUGAAGAAUCUGAGUGGGAUGAUGAGUUUGGCAACUCUUUAUAUGUUAGUGAUUCGAUUCCUUCUCAGCCUGUUAGCCAGGCAGUUAACGCUUCUGAAAAUCAAGUUGACGAAGAUAGUAAAAUAAAAGCUCUUAUUGAUACAGCUGCUGUUGACUAUAGCCAAAUCUCUGAUGGAUAUGGUUCUGGAAGAGGGUAUGGCAGGGGGAUGGGUGGGAGAAUGAUGGCUGGCCGUGGUUUUGGACGUGGUCCGGGUCGGCUGGACAACAGGACACUUCCUCCUGGCUAUAUUUGCCAUAGAUGUAAAGUACCUGGCCAUUUCAUCCAACAUUGCCCAACAAAUGGUGAUACUAGAUAUGACGUCAGAAGGAUGAAACCCCCAACUGGCAUUCCGAAAUCCAUGUUGAUGGCAACUCCAGAUGGCUCAUAUGCAUUGCCAAGUGGGGCUGGUGCUGUUUUGAGGCCAAAUGAAGCUGCUUUUGAGAGGGAGAUAGAUGGCCUGCCCACCACCCGCUCUGUUGGUGAUCUCCCACCAGAGCUGCGUUGCCCGUUGUGUAAGGAAGUAAUGAAGGAUGCUGUUCUAACUAGUAAAUGCUGCUUUAGGAGUUUCUGUGAUAAAUGCAUUAGGGAUUACAUAAUUAACAGAUCAAUGUGUGUCUGUGGUGCCACAAGCAUAUUAGCCGAUGAUCUUCUUCCCAAUAAAACUCUAAGAGAAACCAUCAGCCGCAUAUUAGAGGCACCACCAACUAGCAGUACGGAAAAUGCCGGAAGCAUGGUGCAAAUACAGGACAUGGAGUCGGCUCUACCUGUACAGCCCAAGAUUAGAACUCCUGCUGUUUCUGCCGCUUCAAAGGAAGAGCCUAAAUCACCGACGCAUAUAGAAGAAUCUCCAGACGCUGAGAGCCAAAGCGGAUUGAAAGCUAACGUCGAUGUGACUUCUUCAGAUAAGAAGGCUAACACAAUUCCAGAUGUCGCUGAAGGGACAAUGGACUCUAAAAAUGCCCAAAAUGAAAAAAUACCAGACAUGACUCAUGUCACGAAAGAGUCGCAGGAAAAAUUGCCUGCAGGCGAACAAGCAGUAAAGAAGAAAAAGAAGAAGAAGGUGCGGGCACCAGGGAACGCCGAGGAGCAAUGGAAUAAUAAUUAUCCAGAUUUUGGAGCUGAAAAUUUUGCUGGAAUGCCUAUGGGACCACCAGGAAAUUUUAACCCUUACUGGGGAGGAGGGGGGAUGCCUUUGCCAAUGGAUUACAUGGGUCCACCAUUUCCAGGUCCCAUGCCUUACAUGGGUUAUCCACAUGGUCCAUUUGAUCCUUUUGGUGGGGGAGUUCUCCCACAAGACCCAUUUAUGCCUCCAGGAUACAUGAUACCUACAAUUCCUCGGGACCUUUCUGAAUUAGCAGUUAACAGUAUGGGAAUGAACAUGGGGCCACCAGUUGUGAGAAGGGACGAAUUUGAACCCAGGAAACCUGAUGGGAGGAGACGUGAAAUGGACCGAUUCAACGGAAGGGAGAGGGAGAGGGAGAGGGAGCGUGAGCAUUCCCGUGAGAGGGAAAGGGAGAGGGAGAGGCAGAGGGAUCGAGACCGCGAUGUGGAUCGAGACCGACACAGGGACAGGGAGUAUCGAAGGGAAGGCAGGGAAUCGUCAGGAGCCGUAAACGAUAGUACCUCGAUGAGACCUAAGGAUGUAUGUCUUUUCCUGUCAAUCUAUUAUCUUGCAAAGUUAUGUACUAUCAGUUCCAUGGUAAACUUGUGGGCGACGGCGUCAGCUGCGGAGAGAUCAGCACCACUGAACAGGAAGAAGAAUGCCUUCUGCACGGUUGAUUCUGAUAUUUGCCGAACAAGAAAGGUUCGCAGCAGUGAAUGCCAGCUCGAUUGGGCAGUGUUCUUGGUUGGUCCCGGCAAGGCCGACGUGCUCAGUUGCUCGGGGUCACACAAGCAGCAGUUGCUGGUCCGAGUUGCUCUGCCUGCUCGUAGUGUCCAUGGCACUGCUUUCCUGUGCUCGUUGCGGCUUGGGUUACAGGAUGGCAUCUAUAUACAUGGGAGAAACACGUCUAUUUAUAUAUAUCCUAGUUGGUUUUGUUUCUACUCUUCUCAAGAUUUAUUUAUUUUAUUUGGCAAGUUUUCCUUUAUUUUAACCGUUUUCCAUCUUUUUUUGAAAAACAUUGUUUUAUGAUCUUUUUUUCCUUGCUUCAGUUACUUGCCAUUACACAAUGCUUCCCUGAUGUGAUGUAGAUAGCAGUAGUAUAUAGGGCAAAAAGAUAAAAGUAUCACGACGCCAGAUGAAAGCGACAAUAUGUGUUUUACCAAAAAAAAAUCCAAACAGUACGUAGUUUAUGCUGUGCCACGGCCCAAUGGUGUGUCAUGGUUGGGCCGCAUGCUGUCGUGGCAAAGCAUGGAAUAUCCUUGGCCGUACGAUUUGGAUCCCUUGGUUAGGAAUCCUAGCCAAGUCCCUGGGUUAUGUUAAAGUGGCAGUAUUCUGACAUGUGGUCCCGUGUUUGCCAU